ACAUUCACCCACAAUUUCCUUUUUCUUUCUCUCACUCGGAUGACAACAGCAGAAAUGGAGCUGGAACGUGUUUACACUUCACUGAAGAAACCGACUGAAGAUGUUUAUGCCAACGCUGAACUGAAACAUGACAAGAAGGCAGACCACCAAGGGGCUUUGAGACCUGUUGCCACUGUGAAUAAAAAUGCACUUCUGGUUAAGCUUCUGGUGUUCUUCUGUGUCUUGCUAGUGGGAAUCAUCAUCUUCCUUGCUGCAUACAAUUACAAAGGCUAUCGCGUCAUGGGUGUAGCUUUUGAUAAGAACUACAAAGAAGAGCAGCUUCAGAAUAAUACCCUUCAAGAAAUGUACACUAAGCUGGAACAGAAUUAUGCUGAGCUGUCUUCAAGAGUUACAGCCCUGGAUAAACACUGUCAAGUGAGAAACACAUCAGCUCAGGUUUGUGUAGGAAAGACUUGCUUUGUCUGUCCUGAAAGCUGGCAGCUAUUCAAUUCCAAGUGUUACUUCUUGCCUGUGGAUGAACUGGCUUGGAUUGCUAGUCGUGAUCUCUGCAUCUCAAUGGGGGGACACUUAGCAAUUAUAGAAAGCAUGGAUGAACAGAAAUUUUUAUUAGAGAGGAUAAGGGUCAGAGCAGCAGAAGACAUAUCUUACUGGAUUGGACUUACAGAUCUGGUGACUGAAAAUCAUUUUCUCUGGGUGGAUAACAAACCACUGGAUCCAAAGAAAAGCUUCUGGGGUCGACAUCUAAUUAAGGAUGGACUAGAGCCAGACAACUGGAAUAAUAAUGGGAAGAAUCCUGAAGGAGAAGACUGUGUGAAAUUACACAUAAACAUAAAAUACCAUGGCUGGUAUGAUCAGAACUGUAAGGACAGAAAGAAGAUGAUCUGUGAAACAAAUGCAGGCGUUCUCAAUAUUUAGCCUGCCAAUAAAUAUAGCAGAACAGCCUGGGGGGCACACUGGAGUCACUGGGAGUUUCUGAAUUAACAAGCAUCAUCUUACACUGGCCAGCAGCUUCGAAUUCAAUGGCAACUUUAAAACACUUGAAGGUUGUAAGCAACUACUCUCUAAGGCAGGACUAUGGAACAAUUGAUUUUUGGUGAAUAUGGAUGAUGAUGAAAUGUACAAAAAUCCAAAAUUUGAAACUUUGUCAUUUUUUUUUAGAAUUACAUUUUUCUUUGUCUUCACUUUAUGUUUCCAAGUAACUAUAAAAUAAAACUAAAACCCUGGAAACCUUACAAAAAGCAAAGAAAAUUGAUCUUUAGGAAUAUCAGGAAACCUGGAGAGAGAUAAAUA